AUGUUGCCUGUCUUGCUGAUCUGCCUCCUACCAGUGGCCGACGGGAAGAACUGCCUCCAGUGCUGGCCAGAGCUGCCGGCCCUGCUGGACUAUGACCUGCAGGUGCUGUGGGGAAGCCCAGGGCCGCCCACGGAGCUCUCACAGAGCCUACACUCCUUUUUCCUGGAGGAGAACGCCUUACUCAUGCCCUGGUAUCUUGCUCGAGACCAUUUGGAAGAGGAAACAGCUAUAUUCUUCACCCACAUAGACAACGCCAUUAAGAAGCUGAGGGAUGAUAAGUCAGCACUCCUGGAAGAGCUUCGUGUUCAGAAGGGUCUUCUGGCUGAGAGGCUGAAGGACAGGUCCAUGGAGCUGAAGCAGAGGGCCUGCAAUGAUUCCUGUGACAUGCGUACCCCAACGGAAGUCACAAUAUGUGCGGACUGCCGGACACACUUCCUGUUCUGCAACGACCCCACCUUCUGCAAAGUUAAAGCUGUCAGGACCUACAAGUGGAUUGUGAUUCUUACCUGCAUCCUGAUGCUCCUGGCUGUGAUUGGCAUCUGUGGUCACUUUUUCUGGCUCCAAAGGAAGAAGAAGGCUGUGGAGGUACUAGGGAAUACACUCCUAUUUGGGGCUCAUAAGGUCUUGAGGCUCAGCUCUUGCCUGCUGGGUCUGGUGUGUGCGGAGGUAUUUGACACUGGGGCCCAGGACACAGAUAAGCAAGUUCCUCGGGCCUCUUGUUCCCACCAGAGCCCCUGCAGAGCCACCUCCCCUCUCUGCCCUGCAGACUGA